AUGCAUGCCGUGAAGAAGAAGUCGAAGAGUGCCUGGGCUCACUAAGAUACAACACAUUAUGUGGACAGGUAAUGGGAUGCAUGGUGUUCAUUUAUUAGCCACACAACACUGUGAAGACCAGAGCGACUGGUAGGGCAAGCCGCAUCGAUUGAGACAUGGGAUUACUGCCGGAUCAUGGGGCAACGGGCUGGAGAUCCGCCAAGUUCUGCUGAGCGUUCACAAUUCCGGUCGAAUGUUCUGUUGCUAUCGAUGCCAUUUUAUAUGUUAACAAUGUCGAUAAACGCUUCGGUGGCAUUGGAAUCAUUUUUGAGUUUUUUUUUCUGGUUGCGAUUGCGCCGCCGUGGCCGAUUAUAUUUAGUCGUCACAGCUAGAGAAAAGAUUGAUCGCAAGGCUAAUGACGAGCAUGUAGCACUGCUUUACUAGAAAUACUAGAUAAUUUGUAGCUACAACAAACCAUUUGAUUAUCAUGUUGUAGUGCGUCACGC